AUGCAGAAGAAAGGCGUGGCAAGCGAAGAGCGAGACCAGGCGAACUUGAACAACAAGCUCAGGGCAGAAGCAAGCCUCUUGCGUGAACUUCACCACGAACAUGUUGUUAAAGUUGCCGAGACUUUUGAGUCCGCCGGCCAUUUCAACAUACUUUUGGCUCCGAGAGCUGCUCUGAGACUAACACACGUCUUUCGACUCUUUGACGCCGAGAACGACCCACACAGACAAAAGCCGAGUCUCGAGACUCUCAAGGAAUGGGUCUCCUGUCUCACUAAGGCCCUGACUUAUCUCCACAACCAAAACGUCGAACACGGAGAUAUCCAGCCGUCCAACAUAAUGAUCACGGUAGACGACCGGGUGCUCCUCACAGGCUUCGCAAUGGCACGUCGAGUGGACCGAUCCAACCCGGCGGAUACUGCUGGUACCACAGCGUCUCCCGCACACCAGGCCGCUUCCCCGUAUGCGGCUCCCUCGCACCCCGGUCCUCACGUGCCCUUCAAGGACGACAUGUACGGCUUCGGCUGCGUCCUACUGGAACUAGUGACAGCCAUAUGCCAUGCUGGCGACGGCGGCGACUCACAGGCUCAUUUCCGGCACGUCCGCGCGGGAGCGCCGGGGAACGAUCCGGCAGGCGCUUACGCACCGUGCCAGAAACAACUCGUGCAAUGGAUAUCCACCCUCUCCACCAUGGGCCCGCUUCCCGUAGCGCCGCCCGGAUGCAACAACAGCAGCAGCGUCGACGCAGCCGACUGGACCCGCAUUACGACCGACCUCGCCUUCCGCAUGCUGGACCCUUCGCCUGCAUGCCGGCCCGCCGCAGCCCUCGUGCUGCAGGCCAUACGCUGGUUCGGCGUCGACGGCGGUGCGAGUUGUCUAUGCGAGGGAGGAGGAUCUUUCAGCACGUCUCACAGCAGCGGCAGCGGCAGUGCGGGACUUGAAGCCGACGGCAGCGGCAGUACGACGACAGUGCGGCUCGAGGAGGAUAGAUGGGCAGCGCCUUUGUGGGCACCCCUGCUGUACAACCUCGAGGCGGUCCAGUACUGGGAUCUCGACAUCCCUGUCUCGCCGUGGGAGAUAGCCAAGCACGUCUGCGCCGAUGGCGUCACAGACAACGCCGUGAUCCAGGGCAUCUUGCAGCGGGCGGCGGCGCGCGCGAACAAUGCGUUCCGAGUCGGUGGGCCGCCGCGCAGCUACUUCCUGGGUCAAAGUACCUCGCUCCCUGAUCAUGGGCGAGGACGCCUGAUGAUGUCGAGUCCACAUGUGGAGCUCGCCUUGGCCAGCGACUGUAAGCUUUGA